AUGUCGUCUUUCAUAAAUUAUCGUAACGAAAGUUCCGUAAAUAUUUCUGAAGCAUGCUUGAAAGAUAAUAUAACAUUUUAUAAAAUCCUCGUGAAUGUGGGUACAGUGCAGUGGAGCGUCUCUCAUCGGUACAGUGAUUUUGUAGAGCUUCAUGAUAAAUUAGUGGUUGACCAUGGCGUUGCUAAAGAUUUACUGCCACCUAAGAAAGUCAUACGGAACAAGACGCCUAAAUUUGUGGAACAGAGGCGUGAAGCGUUAAACGAUUACCUGAAAAAUGUAUUUAAUUAUCUAAGGCUAACAAUGCCUUCAAUAUUUAGCCACUUUCUAGAUUUCCAUUUGUAUGAUAUAUUUUUCUUAUUGCAAGAUUUGGCUAAGAAGUUAUAUUUAGAGGGCGACAAGUUAUUACAAACAGAAAAGACUCAUAAAUUCAGUCUAAUGGAGUUGCAUGCUAUCAGAGAGAGAUAUAAAAUGGCCUGUCCACCAACGGAAAAGCAAGAUCAAAUGUACGAUUUCAGCCAUAUUCUAGACUUCUGCUCUCAAGUUUCAUCACUCAGUAUCGAAGGGAGCUAUGAAAAAUUGGGCACAAGCAAUAUAAUACCCAACGACCUACACAUAGAUCUGAUUCCCUUCAAAACAUUAACCGACCUUAGGAUUCUCGGUGUGCCAAUGACUUGUAUACAAAGCGUCGGUAGUCUCCGAGAUUCUUUGAUCAGUUUAUCUGUACAUAUAGCGAAUGUAGAGACAUUGAAUGAAUUCCUUCUUGUGGAUGUACUCCACAAAGAUCCUUCCAGUCUUGCUGAUGUUGUUAUAUGGAAGAAAUUGUCAACAAUUAAUUUUGCCACCAACAACAUAACAGAUGUGGAUUGGGGCAUCAAACUAGUUCCAAAACUGCAAAAACUGAAUGUUUCUUCAAACAGAUUGUCCGAGUUAUGUGAUAUAUCUUGUCUACACGAAUUGAGAGUUUUAAAUCUUUCCAUGAAUCGUUUUUCAUUGUGCGAGAACUGGCAUGCGAAAAUCGGCAACAUAGUCAAAAUAGAUCUCUCCCAAAAUAAAAUUGAAACUCUGCAAGGCUUCUCAAAGCUAUAUUCACUCGAAAGCUUGGAUUUAAGCUGCAAUGUCAUCACUGAUGUUGAAGAAGUACAGCAUAUUUGUAAUCUGCCGUGUUUAGAAUAUCUAUGGUUAACAGCAAACCCUGUCGCAUCAACCAUAGACUAUAGAGUGAAAGUCCUAGAACAAUUCAACGCACGCAUGACCGAGAUAUGUUUGGAUAAUGAAAAAGCGUCAGAAAAAGAAUUGGAUACAUCAAGAGUUUUGCAAGCUUUAAGGAUCGUUAAAGAAGGUAAAACACCAAGUUUCCUACAAAACACCAAUAGCAGUCACAGUUUUAAUAAAAGUUGA